UUCCUCCUCUCGCCUCCCCCUCCUCCUCCUCCUCCUCCUCUACUACACCUUACCUCCUAGCUAGCCAGGUGGGUCGAUCCACAUCCAUCGGCCGCCGGCGAGCGAGGUCGUCGCCGGCGACGGACGUACGUAGCUAGCUAGAGAGAUAGAGAGAGAGAGAUGGGGCGUGGGAAGGUGCAGCUGAAGAGGAUAGAGAACAAGAUCAACCGGCAGGUGACGUUCUCGAAGCGGAGGAACGGGCUGCUCAAGAAGGCGCACGAGAUCUCCGUCCUCUGCGAUGCCGAGGUCGCCGCCAUCGUCUUCUCCCCCAAGGGCAAGCUCUACGAGUACGCCACCGACUCCAGGAUGGACAAAAUCCUUGAACGUUAUGAACGCUAUUCAUAUGCUGAAAAGGCUCUCAUUUCAGCUGAAUCCGAGAGUGAGGGAAAUUGGUGCCAUGAAUACAGGAAACUUAAGGCAAAGAUUGAGACCAUACAAAAAUGUCACAAACACCUCAUGGGAGAGGAUCUGGAAUCCUUGAACCUCAAAGAACUGCAACAGCUAGAGCAGCAGCUGGAGAGUUCAUUGAAGCACAUAAGAUCAAGAAAGAGUCACCUUAUGCUCGAGUCCAUUUCUGAGCUGCAGAAAAAGGAGAGAUCACUGCAGGAGGAGAACAAGGCUCUGCAGAAGGAACUAGUGGAGAGGCAGAAGACUGUGACUGUGAGGGGGCAGCAGCAAGUAGUGCAGUGGGACCAAGCCCAGGCCCAAGCCCAAGCCCAACCCCAGGCCCAGACAAGCUCCUCCUCCUCCUCCAUGCUCAGGGAUCAGCAGGCUCUUCUUCCACCACAAAACAUCUGCUAUCCGCCGGUGAUGAUGGGAGAGAGAAGCGAUGCGGCGGCGGCGGCGGCGGUGCAGGGUCAGGUGCAACUCCGCAUUGGAGGCCUGCCGCCAUGGAUGCUGAGCCACCUCAAUGCUUAAGAUGAUCAUCGACAACAGCUUCAGCUAGCUUGCCCCCAUGCAUGCGAGCUAGCUGGAUAUGCACGUACCGAUCGAUGGGAGCAACCGUUGAUUAAUCGAUCUCUCCUAGCGAUGAUAUGCAUGAUCAUUCUCCUAAAAUGAAAUUGAUCUAGAAAAAACCUAGCGAUUAAUUAAGCUGUUCUUAUAUGUGUUUGCUUGCCUUGCUCCUACAUAUACAUGAGAUUUGCAAGAAAAUUACGAGCAAAAGGUGGCUGCUGCCGCUGCCGUACGUGUCUUUGUGUAAUUGAUCAGCACGUUACCUAGUGCUGCUCCCCCCUACUGAUGAUCGAUAUUUAUGCAUGCAAUUGUGUGCAUAUAAAA